UGUCAAAGCACUUCUGUCUGUCCAAAAUUGUCACGAGGACUUGCAUUCAUAUAACGGCAAUCACAGGCUGUCAUACUAGUAGGAAACUGACCCAAACGAGCGUCGUAUCACAAGAAUCUUAGUUAACGGUGACCAAGAGAUCUAAUUCUCAAAUUCCUCUUCAAGACAAAAUUAGCCUAACUAUUUUCUUUUGGAAUUUUCUUCACCUUAUCCACACACACACACACAGAUCCUCACACUCAACCACACCAACCUUAACCCCACCUUCUGUAUUUUCCCUUUCAAGAUCUUCUCCAAGUUUCCAAUUUUAACAAUUCAGAUUCUCAAAUCUCAAAAUCUGUGCUAGUUUAGCAGCAACAGCCAAUCUCCAUUACCCCUUUGCUGCAGUUCCAAGAUCACUUAGCUGCGAAGAGAUUUCCCGCCAAAUUUCCUUUUUGAAUUAGUCUCCUCAAAGGUAUUGGUACUAGCAAAACUGAAGAGGUUUUCUGAGAAAGAGAGCAUUCUUUUGGGUUAUAGCCCUCAAAGAUCCUCUAUGAACCAUCCAAUUUCUUCUCCAAAAAGCCCCUGUAGAAACUCAUCAGAUAUUGAUUUCAAUGAUGUGUUCGGUGGCCCUCCAAGGCGACCGUCAAUUCAGGAGGUGCGACACGGCUUUAGUGAAAGUAAAGAUUCAUAUGCAUUAAGGAGUGAUGAGGAAACAAGUUCAUAUCGCCCUCGGUGGUCUGGUCUGAGCGAGAAGCCUGUCUUUGGAGAGGAAGGGUUUAGUAGAAGGCGAUAUACAAGUGAUGACUUCUUUGAUGAUAUUUUUAAAGGCAAUGAGUAUUCCACUUCUUCUCCAAGGAAGAACAAUCGAGAUCCAUUCUCUUCCGCUCCAGGUUCGAGAGUUUUAAGUCCUGUUCAUCCCCUGCCACCAAGGGCUGAGCCCUUUGCGAGUUCAUCAGUGCCAGCACAAUUCAGCCUCCCUGCCAAACUAAUUAAAGGGAAAGACUUGCCAACUUUUGGAUCCAGUGCCCGUAAUCAUCACAGAAAUAAGGAUGGUACCUCAACUGGAAUAAGCUUUUAUUCAUAUUCUCCUGUGUCUAGAUUUUCAAGCAAAGCAAAUCAAGCUCAGGGGCCGUUGAGAAAUGAUGUUUUUUUCCAGAGCUCUUUAUCGCAGGCGCAAUCUCUUAGCAUUGAAGAGUCAUUAAACAUUGUGAAACCUAAUGAAAUGGACGAAGGCAAUGAUUUGAAAAUUGAUUCAAAUUGUUCUGAAGGUCCAAGCAUAGGUAACCAGUUCCACUUCUCUAUUUACAAAUGGGCAAGUAAAGGGAUACCACUAGCAUUGCCUCUUGGAGGGGGAAAUAGUUCAAAAUGGAAAGAGAAGUUUAAAUUUGAGAGGAGUUCAAGUGCUUCUGGACGGAUAGCAUGUGAAGGUAUGGCAAAGGAAUUACCGACAGUGAUUCCUCAGGAUAUCGAUUGCCUCUCAUCCAAUAUUAGCACAUCGUCAGAUGCUAAGUCCUCUGAGAUUGAAUUUGAUAAAAAAGAGAAUGGCUCCCUUUUCAAUAGAAGGACCCUUAGAAAAUUAGAACAAGUGCAGAAUCUUGAGGAGGCAAUUCUUCCUAAAUCUGUCUCCGAAGUCCCAAGCACUCAUCAUGAAGAUGGUCCUGGUAAUGUUAUCUUUCAGAAUUCAAAUAAAGAAACAAAACCUCGUUCUGUUCUUGGUACGGGCUUUUCUGGAAAAAUAGAGAAGAAAUUUUCUGUGGCUACACAAGAAGCUCCCAAGUCUGAGUCAAAGACACUACGUUCUCUGUUGAUAGCCACCGAUGAGAUGACUACCAAAAAUGAAUUAAAGGAAAGCAAGGUGAAAAGCAUCAAAAAGUCAGUAGCAGGAUUUGAUGUCAGUGAAAAAGUAAAGAAACGAGAUGGAAAAGGAGUCAUAUUGAAUAGUGAAGUUAUGGUUAAAACCAACUUACAAGGUUCAUCCAUGAAUUCACGAGAUAGCCUUGCAAAGAAUCAAGGUAAGGGAAAAGUCAGGGAAUUUGUUAAAAUUUUUAACCAGGAAGCUUCAAACAAACCCAAAUUCAAUGUGGGCUCUCAAACUCGAAGCUCUAGAUGGAAGGAGAGAGGCAAAUUCAAGACAGAAGAUGAUGCAAGUGUUACCUCAACUCAGGUAGAUGAGUUUCUUAUGCUGUUAGAGAAACAACAUUCUGAUACAAGGAACAACAACCAUAAGUCCAUGGAGAUUUCUUCUGGACUUGAGGAUAGGUCAGCGCCAACUGCAGGACCAAUUUCUGAUGGCUCAGAAGCAAUAGCUGGAGAUCCAGAUGAUUCCUUCCAAGGAAAUAUCCUGAUUAAAGAAUUACCUCGGGAUGGAGAUGAACUGCCACAAGUUGGUGAUAACCAAGAAGAUAUCCAAGUCAUUAAUGCUAAAAUUUGGAAGUGGUCAAAUGGAAAAGAAGGGAGCAUCCGUUCCCUCCUCUCAACUUUACAAUAUGUACUUUGGCCUGAAAGUGGGUGGAAGCCUGUGCCUCUUGUUGAUAUAAUUGAAGGAAAUGCAGUGAAAAGAUCAUACCAGAAGGCCUUACUCAGUCUACACCCAGAUAAACUACAGCAGAAAGGUGCUGCAUCACAUCAAAAAUACAUAGCAGAAAAAGUUUUCGAUAUUCUGCAGGAAGCAUGGACCCAUUUCAACUCACUCGAUCCAGUGUGACCAAUGAAGUCUCAACUCUCAAACUACGAGAAUUUAUUCAGUGCAACCGUUAUAUGUGCAAUAAAUACAUCUAAUCAUUGAUUAUGAUAGAUCUACGUGAACCCGUCAUGAUCAAUGGUCACAAUAUAUCGAUUACAUACUACAAAUAAGUGUUAACAUAUUAUAUUGAUAGGCUUGUGAGAAAACUACAUUUUGGACUCUGUGUAGGUAUUUUGUGUGGUGUGCUGCUAUGUAUUGGACAUACCUGCUUGGUUUCUAUAUUGUAUUGAAUAUGCUAAGCAAGAGUUUAGAUUAAAAAAAAAAAAAAAAAGGAGUGCCUUGUGAAUGUAUCA